AUGCUUUUGAAAAAUUUAGGAUGCUUCGUACGUCUAUGUAUUGGUUUCGAUUCCCAAAGGCAGGUAUCCGUAUACAGACUUUGUCAGAUUACGGAUGUUAUACCUUGGCAUAAGACAUACAAGGUCACAGACAAUACAUGGAGUAAUAAAGCUCUUAAAGUGAAGUCUGGUAAAGACGAAAUGGAAUUCACUAUGGAAAUCGUUUCAAACCAGAACGUAACCCAGCGGUACUCACGUUUUGUGGACAUUAACCAAGAAUAUUCCCGAUACUUGACAACUUUGGAAAGUUGCAGAGUGGGUGUCCCAUUCCUGCAACAUAUUCAACAAAAAGUGGCUGAUUUAUAUCAAGCCAAAAAUUAUGUAUUGAACAACAAGGUAGUCAACGAAACAAUUGAAAAGAAGAGAGCAUUAAAGGGCUCAUACUUGAAUGCGACAAAGGAAAAAGCACAGUUACUUGCACGUCGCGAGCAUGCCAAAAGCCAUAAUGAGGUGGAAAUGGUUAUUAAGUUGACAAAGAAAUUAGGAGAAUUAGAGGGGAGAAUAGCCAGUGCUAAAGGAAGCAAUCAAACUGUUUUGGCAGGUAUCAGUAGCAACAAUAGGAAAAGAAACAGAGCCGAGGCUCAUGAAGCGGAACUUCGUAACGCAAAAGCCAAAAGAAGACGAUGGAUGGAAAGUGUCAAAGGACAUACAGAGAUCAAAAGUGUAGCUGCUACGGAAGCAUCUUUAAAUCCAGAAGAAGAGGCAUCGAGAAAGCGACUUGCCAAGCUUGUUAAAUUACUUAGAUACGGUUUGAAUGACGGCCAUGCUGCCUCAUAUCAAACCGACUAUGAAAAGCUUGUAAGUAGAAUUGCUAUGGAGGUUCAAAUUGAACUUUUAAGUGAUUCAGAGAACUAA